AUGUCGGAACAACUUACCUCUGCCUCUGUCCUUAGCAGCCGCCGUCGACGCGGUCUCAUCGCGUGCACCAACUGCAGGCACAGAAAAAUCAAGUGUGUUACCACUGAAGAGCCUCCACGACGCCCUUGCCAACGUUGCACCAAACGCGGUCUUACCUGCCAAUAUGUGCCUGUGGACGAGGAGCCACAGACAGACUCCAAGACACCGACACCAGAACACUUGAAGCAGUCGUCUAUGUUGCCUCCACCUUCUCCUGUUGGCGAGUAUGGAACACUCCCUGGCUAUUACGCCCCGAACAACGGUUAUGGAGACUACUCCCCUGCGUAUGGCAUCCAGAGCCCGAGCUACCCCAGCUAUGGCGAGCCAGCCUACCCGACUCAGUCCCUUUUCACCAACCAGUACUAUAACCACAUUCCGCAAGACCCCUACGCCCAAGGCUUGUACCAGCCUGUGCCGACAAGAUGUUCGUGUCGCAGCAGUCCAUGUUAUUGUGGAGCCCGGCGCUCAUAG